AUGAGCAUAAUAGGCAAAUCUGCAAAGUUUACUAAACGUCUUAAAAAGGAAGCAAAAAGAGUUCAGGCAGCAAUUAAAGUAUCAUUAUCACCACUCGACAUUACUACUGUUGCUACUAAUCAAACUACCAAAUCAUCAUCAAAAAAAGAACUCUUGCUAAAAACUAAAUAA